CCAUUUCGAACAUGUUGCCACCGACCCCUUCACCACACCACCCUCCAUGCUCCGUAUAACCCGCCCAGUCACGCACUGACCAACCUCCAAACACAUCACAUCCAUAGUAGUAUUCCGAGCCUUUUCGAAGCCGAUAGGUAGCGGCAUCUUAUGCCAUGGCGGGCAGCGCGGAGGGCUGGCCGAAUAUGUUAGCGCGGGUAGUUCUCUCGCUGGUGCUUGCGAGCACCGUUCUAGGACUAGAGGUGCAAGCUAGCCAAGAACCUCUCGUCUUACCUCUAAGUUAUGGCCACUUCGCUCCCUCGCAGCGCCUUUCUGGCGUGUCGCCUUUCCGUCGAAAGCUGUCGGAAGCGCGCAUGUGGCUCUACGGCAAUGUUCUAACGCAAGGGUACUACUACGCGAACGUGUGGUUCGGCACGCCGCCGCGGCGGUUCGCGUUGAUCGUGGACACGGGCAGCACCGUGACGUACGUGCCGUGCGCCACGUGCAAGCAGUGCGGCAGCCACCACCAGGACGCGCCGUUCGUGCCGCGCAAGUCGUCGACGUACGAGCCGGUGGGGUGCAACGCGGACAAGUGCCCGACGUGGGAGUGCGAGAGCGAGUCGGUGUGCUCGUACGAGCGGCACUACGCCGAGAACAGCAGCAGCAGCGGGCUGAUCGUGUCGGACAUGGCGUGGUUCGGCAACACGUCCAACAUCCCGCCCACGCGCGUGCUCUUCGGGUGCGAGACGAGCGAGACGGGCGACAUCUACUCGCAGCAGGCGGACGGCAUCCUGGGCAUGGGGCGCGGCCCGCUGGGGCUGGUGACGCAGCUGGUGGAGCGCAAGGCCAUGCGCGAGGUGUUCUCGCUGUGCUACGGCGGCAUGGACGCCAACGGCGGCGCCAUGAUUAUGGGCUUCACCAGGCCGCCACCCGGCAUGAAGUUCACCUCGCUCUCCCAGGGGCAGGGCACGUACUACAACGUGGAGCUGCGCAGCAUCACGGUGGCGGGCGUGCCUCUGCAGCUGGACGAGUCCGUGUUCCGCGCCGGCUACGGCACCGUGCUGGACAGUGGCACCACCUUCGCGUACCUGCCGCCCGCCGCCUUCAACGCCUUCAAGAAAGCGAUGUCGGAGGGAGUGAACGGGCUGCGGCCUGUGCCCGGGCCGGAUGAGGCAUACGAUGACGUGUGCUUCAGCGGUGCCACGGAGGACCUGUCGGAGCUGAGCAACUUCUUCCCGCCCGUGGCGCUCAACCUGGGCGGCGAUGUGGCGUACGAGCUCAGCCCCGAGAACUUCCUCUUCCGGCACACCAAGGUUAAGGGCGCGUAUUGCCUUGCGCUCUUCGCCAAUGCCGACGAGGGCACUCUCCUUGGAGGCAUCAUCACGCGCAACACGCUGGUGACGUACGACCGCACGCGCAGCCGCGUGGGGCUGUGGAAGACGGAGUGCGCGCACCUCUUCUCCCAGCUGCACGCGCUGCAGGGCGCCAACGCCCCGCCCCUCGCCGACGAGCUGGCGGAGCAGCCCCCCCCGCUGCCCGACUCCGCCCACCUGCCCCACAACGCCUCGGACGGCAGUGACGGCUCACUCUUUGACGAGUGCUUGGACUGUGCGAGCAGCCUGCGCGUGGAGAUGCGUGUGCCGCUGCCGCUUAUCGACUUCGCACCACUCGUGCCCGACUUCGUGCACGGCAUGGCCACCGCGCUCAAGCUGGAGGACGUGCAGGUGUCAGUGGACAAGUUUGUGGAGGUGCGGGCAGCAUCAGCAUCGUCGCCAGCGGUGACCAGCGUCAGCCUCUUGAUCCUGCCACUUCCUCCUGAUGACGUCCUCCCCGCCGCCUCACUUGAGCGCGUGGAGACGCUGCUGCGCGGCACCAUCAAGGUGAACGAUGUCUUCGGCCAUGUCACUGUUGCUGACGUCUCCGUCAACCUGCAGCGCCCGCAAUCCAACAGCCCAGGCUGGUUUGAGCCUCUCUUACCGCUGCUGGGCGGGGUGGUGGCGCUGGUGCUGGUGGUGGGCGCCGUGGGCGUGGUGUGGCGGCGGCGGCAGUCCAUGACGCGGUACGGCACGGUGCGGCAGACGGCGGAGGGGGAGGACGAGGAGCAAGGGCUGGCAGAGGCGCAUGAGGCAGAGGAGGGCGAGGAGGUGGAGGAGGAGCUCGAGGGGGAUGAUGAGCACACAGGCAUGGUGGGGCCUGAGGGCUACAGAGGGGACGAGGGCGAGGCAGGUGCCGAGACCACGGCAACGCACCGUGAUGUAGAUUGAUGCAUCGGUGCGAUGCUCAUGUCAUGCACCGUGAAGCGAAAUAUGUAGUUGUUAGCACCAUAAUGUAGGUAAUACUUGAGUGGAUGGAUGGAGCAAGAGGUGGCUCCUCUCCCAUUCACUCAGCUGUCUGCUAUUAUUGUCACAUUUAGGCUGGAGACUAAAUACCCUACCCUCUCCAAUGUCAACCUGUC